AGUGGGGAGGAAGAAGAGGAGGAGGAGGGAGUUGGAAGGGGAGGAGGAAGAGGGGCAGAAGGAAGAAGAAGAGGGGGAGGAGAAAGAGAAAGAAGUGUAAGAAGAGGGGGAAGAAAGACAGGGGAAGGGGAGGAGGAGGAGGAGGAGGACGGGGAGGAGCUUCGCCGCGGCCUGCUCCGCCCAGCCGGGGUCGGUGGCCACAUGGCUUCGGUCUCUUCUGCGACCUUCUCGGGCCACGGGGCUCGGUCCCUACUGCAGUUCCUGCGGCUGGUAGGGCAGCUCAAGAGAGUCCCACGGACUGGCUGGGUAUACAGAAAUGUCCAGAGGCCGGAGAGUGUGUCAGAUCACAUGUACCGGAUGGCAGUUAUGGCUAUGGUGAUCAAAGAUGACCGUCUUAACAAAGACCGAUGUGUACGCCUAGCCCUGGUUCAUGAUAUGGCAGAAUGCAUCGUUGGGGACAUAGCACCAGCAGAUAACAUCCCCAAAGAAGAAAAACAUAGGCGAGAAGAGGAAGCUAUGAAGCAGAUAACCCAGCUCCUACCAGAGGACCUCAGAAAGGAGCUCUAUGAACUUUGGGAAGAGUACGAGACCCAAUCUAGUGCAGAAGCCAAAUUUGUGAAGCAGCUAGACCAAUGUGAGAUGAUUCUUCAAGCAUCUGAAUAUGAAGACCUUGAACACAAACCUGGGAGACUGCAAGACUUCUAUGAUUCCACGGCAGGACUUGUGAAACACUUUAAACUACUGCUUGUGAACUGAGCCGCACUAGAUGUAAUUGAGAGGCUCAGCUAUUAGUCGCAUCAGGAUGAGCUUGCACACCCAUGGUGAGGGAGAACCAGGCAGCUCUUAGUGAUGCUCCUGAAGCUAAGAGUAGGCUCACUGACUAAACUAGGUAAGACUGCCCACCUACCGACAAGUGUUUGAUUCAUCUAAUCUGAGUUAUUCACACAUAUUUUAUGACAAAAAGAAAAAAAUGCUACUUAUGCCAUGGCCAUUAUAAAUAUCACUUCUAGGUCAGAGUGAAUAAUGAAAAGCUUUUAGAUGAAUAGAGAUGAUGUGCAUAAGAUUCUUACCAAACUAAUGAAAUCGGAAUUUUGAUGAAGGGAAUAAAAUAGCUAAAAUGUGUUGGAAGCUGUAAGAUAGUACCACUAAGUUUUCUUGAUUGUUUUUCUAUCCAGUUCUAAUAUUGUGUUUUCAGAUUAUAAGGCUGAGACUAUUGUGUGCAGAAAUUGGUUGGUGAAUGGAGAUAUUUGUUUAAAGUACCAUAACUUUAUCUAAUACAAUGUGGUGUGCUGAAUAUGGUAAACAAGAAGGUGGCAGGGAGUUUUCACAAGCUGGCCACUUCACAGUCAACAGGCAGCUAUAGAUUGGGCACAGAGACUGAGUACCUGUGUGCUGUGGUGGGCGAGCCAGCAUGGCCUGAGAACCAGCUGGGCAGGGUUGGUGUCCUGCCUCUACUUCAACCAACAGGCUGGAAGCACAGGUAAGGGAGAACGCCAGCAUCCCUGCUAGUGAGCCUUCUUUGUCUACAUUUGUCCACUCUGGUCAAGUUUACAGCCCCAUUCCCUCUGCUAAGAUUCCAGGCCUCAGAGAUGAUGUCAUCCUGAACCACCUUGAUUUUCAGUUAGGUGUACAGAUUGUACAGA